AUGGCGAGCGCCGUUUUCCGUUACCUGAGCCCCAAUUCCAUCGCCACUAUGCUCUCGCUGGACAACACCAUCAUCUCCGUCCACGAGGAUGAUGCCGACACCCCCACGAUGCCCACAACCGAACCUGUGAUUGCUGACGCCAUGGCAACGAAUAGUAACCAGCGGACUAAGAAUCAGUUCCGUCCUCGCGUGGGAAAGGGCGGCGCCACCAGCUACCAGCUGCGACAGUACGCUGAAGUCACAUUGGGGGGUGGUAGCUUGCGAAAAGUUGUCAAGCUGCCCGAAGGCGAGGACGAGAACGAGUGGCUGGCGGUAAACAUGGUGGAUUUCUACAACCAGAUCAACUUGCUCUACGGAGCCAUUACCGAGUUUUGCUCGCCUCAGUCCUGCCCCGAGAUGAAGGCAACAGACGAAUUUGAAUAUCUCUGGCAAGACAACGAAAACUACAAGAGACCGACCAAGAUGCCUGCCCCAGCGUAUAUCGAGCAACUAAUGACAUGGGUACAAUCCAACAUUGACAACGAAUCUGUUCUUCCAAGCAAAAUUGGCGUUCCCUUCCCCAAGUCAUUCCCGGCUCUUGUCCGCCAAAUUUUCAAGCGCAUGUACCGAGUAUACGCCCACAUCUACUGCCACCACUACCCUGUAAUUCGAGAGCUCGGCCUGGAGCCGCACUUGAACACUAGCUUCAAGCAAUAUGUGCUCUUCAUUGAUGAGCACAGCCUGGCAAGCGGUAGAGACUACUGGGGCCCUCUGGGUGAUCUUGUUGACAGCAUGCUCAAGAGCGACUAA